AUGACUCUCCUAGAACUCAAGGAGGACCGACCGACGCCAAAGGCCGUAUACAACUGGCGAGUCUAUGCCUGUGCUGUCGUUGCCUCCUUUGCAUCAUGCAUGAUUGGCUACGACUCUGCCUUCAUCGGCACUACUCUCGCCUUGCCCUCCUUUACCAAGGAGUUUGACUUCGCUUCUUACGAACCCGACGACCUUGCCCUGCUUCAAUCUAAUAUCGUCUCCGUCUAUCAAGCAGGUGCUUUCUUUGGCAGUCUCUUCGCCUAUGCUACCAGUCACUUCCUCGGCCGGCGCAAGUCGCUGUUCAUCUUUGCUGCUGUCUUCCUUUUCGGCGCUGGUAUAAUGCUUGCUGCUAAUUCAGAUCGCGGUAUUGGGCCCAUUCUUGCAGGUCGUGUUCUGGCUGGCAUUGGUGUCGGUGGCGCGUCCAACAUGGUGCCCAUCUACAUCUCUGAGCUUGCCCCGCCUGCUGUUCGUGGCCGCCUUGUUGGUAUCUACGAGCUUGGCUGGCAGAUUGGUGGUUUGGUCGGCUUCUGGAUUAACUACGGUGUUAACACGACACUUGAGCCCACUCGGUCACAGUGGCUUAUCCCCUUCGCGGUCCAGCUCAUCCCUGGCGGCCUGCUGUUCUUGGGUCUCUUCUGGAUCAAGGAAUCCCCUCGCUGGCUCUUCUCCAAGGGCAGAAGAGAUGAGGCUAUGAAGAUUCUCUGCUGGAUCAGGAACCUCGAGCCCAUUGACCAGUACAUCAUCGAGGAGGUCCGGCUCAUCGACCGGGAUCUCGAACGCUAUGAACGGGAAGUCGGCAGGGGCUUCUGGAGGCCUUUCCUUGCUCUGAAAAAGCCUAAGGUCCAAUGGCGCUUCGUGCUUGGUAGUCUGCUCUUCCUCUUCCAAAAUGGAAGUGGUAUCAACGCCAUCAACUACUACUCUCCUACCGUCUUCCGCAGCUUGGGUAUCACCGGCACCAACACGGGUUUCCUCACAACCGGUCUCUUCGGCAUUGUCAAGACUGUGCUCACCUUCGUAUGGCUGCUCUGGCUUGUCGACCAUGUUGGUCGUCGUCGCAUGCUCUUUGUCGGCGCUGCUGGUGGCUCGUUGUGCAUGUGGUUCAUUGGCUCUUAUAUCAAGAUUGCGGACCCAGCCUCCAAGACUGAUGCCCGCAUGGACAGCGCCGGUAUCGCUGCCGUCUUCUUCUUCUAUCUGUGGACCGCUUUCUACACGCCCUCAUGGAACGGCACACCAUGGGUCGUCAAUUCUGAGAUGUUCGACCAGAACACUCGCUCUCUGGGCCAGGCGUCGGCUGCGGCGAACAACUGGUUCUGGAACUUCAUUAUUUCACGGUUCACCCCACAGAUGUUUCUCAAGAUGAAGUAUGGAGUGUACUUCUUUGCGUCGCUCAUGAUCCUGUCGAUUGUGUUUGUCUUCUUCCUGGUCCCUGAGACGAAGUCUGUCCCUCUGGAGGCUAUGGACCGCCUGUUUGAGAUUAGGCCGGUCAGGAAGGCGAAUAAAAUUGUCAUGGAGGAGCUUCAGGCGCAGAAUGCUGCUGCUACGAGGGUUUCUCCUGAAGAUGCCUCGUCGUCGACGGAUGAGAAGGAACGGAGGAGCCAUCAAGAGGAAGUGGCUGAGAGUGUUCGAGCCAUGUCACGGUGA